CUAACUUCGCAUAGGUUUAGAUUUCUGAUAAUUAUUAUUACUAGUUAUUGAUUUUUUAUAGUAUGGUGGAAUUCACGUUGAUGUACAAAUUACUGAAGGUGCUGUUUAUAUUACAUUUGCUAAAUAUGAACCAGGAAUGGCAAUGGCUCUCAUUAUCAAUAACACCAGGAAUACAUUAAAUAUUUGGGAAAAAGAUACUGUUCAAUUACUUAAAUUAGAUCCUGGCCAUCAAAUGCUUUAUUCAUGGUCAAAUCCGUCAAAAGCACGGGUUAUAUGUUGGGAAGCUGGCUAUAAAAGUGAAAUCGAAGACGAUUUAAGAAAAGAUGGAUAUGGUGAUUAUGAAAUAGCUGAAAAUAACCAUGUAUAUUGGUCCUCUUUUCUUGAUGGAUUACAACGUACUCUUUUAUUCACCUGUAAUCCAAAGGUAGCUAGAAACGCACGGUGUUCGCAAAUUUUUGCAAACAUCGAUGAAGAAGUAACGAUUUCAAUUUUCGGACUUGGCCUUUCCAUAGUAAACAAUCAGUUAAAAAAAGAAAUAAUGUACGUUGCUAUCGCUGGUAGUGGGGUUAUUUGGGAAACUUGCAAACAUGGUUCGUAUAAUUAUAAACAUAUGAGAUCUAAAGAAAGCGCCGCAAUUGAGUCAUCUUAUAAACAAUAUAUGUGUAUGAAAAGCAUUGAGCCGAUACAUGGAAAGGUGGUCAUCGAUUCAAAAACUGAAGUGAACUUUGAAACUCUUAUCAUGUUAAAACCACAUAUAAGAAAAAUUCGAAGAACAUUUAUGAAUGGACUGUGGAUUCAAAUAACAACAAAUCCCUAUAUGUUACAACUUCACGCUAAAAUUAAUAAGGUUCAGAUUGAUAAUCAAUCUUAUGAUUGUAUAUUUCCGGUUGUGUUAGCUCCUGUGUCAUUACCUAAAAGUGUUGCUGGAGCAGAUAUACACAAACCAUUCGCUGAAUUAAGUAUAGUAGAAAUGUUGGUCAAACAUAGCCAGAUAAAACAAUUUAAAUAUUUUAAAUUGCUUAUACAAGAGUUUCACAUUAAUUUGGAACUUGGGUUUGUUAUGGCUCUCGUAGAAGUGUUUCAAACAUCUAAAGAUACUUUAGAAAAACAGAAAGCUUGUUUUUUACGUGACGCCGACUUAUUAAAUAAACCUUUAGACCAACAUGUAUCCCAACAAACUCUACAAGAACAAAAAAGUUUUUACGAUUUAUUACAUUUUUCACCAUUGAAAAUCCAUGUGAGCUUCUCAUUGGGUAGUAGCGGACUUGAUAUGGCACCAAAUGUUGUUACUGUUUUGUUACAAUCUCUUGGUGUUACUUUGACCGAUAUGCAAGACGUUAUGUUUAAAAUUGCUUAUUUUGAAAGAGAAUGUAUAUUUUUGACUCAAAAGCAAUUAUUUACUGAAGCUGCUUAUCAUUACAUCGGACAGGCUGUGAAACAGCUUUAUGCAUUUGUACUAGGGUUAGAUGUUCUUGGAAAUCCUUAUGGUUUAGUGCUUGGAAUUACCAAAGGUGUUGAAGAUUUAUUUUAUGAACCAUUCCAAGGAGCUAUUCAAGGUCCUGGGGAAUUUGUUGAAGGUCUCGCCCUCGGGGUGCGAAGUCUUGUUGGUUAUACAGUCGGCGGGGCAGCUGGUGCUGUAUCUCGAAUAACCGGUGCUAUGGGUAAAGGAGUUGCUGUGUUAACAUUUGACAAAGAAUUCCAACGUAAGCGAAGAUCUACUCUCGCUAGAAAAGCAACUGUCUCUGAAGGAUUUGCAAGAUCUGGAAAAGGACUAUUCAUGGGGUUAUAUCAUGGUGUAACUGGUAUUGUCAGAAAACCGAUAUCCGGUGCUAGAGAACAAGGAAUUAGUGGAUUCUUUAGAGGGCUAGGAAAAGGAGCAGUGGGUUUGCUUGCUCGGCCAACAUCUGGGUUUAUCGAUUUUGCAAGUGGUUCUUUGAAUACAGUUAAACAAGUAACCGACUUAAGAGCUCAAGAAGUUAAUCGAAUACGACCGAGUCGUUACAUUUAUUUUGACGGUUUAAUCAGACCUUAUAACGAAUUAGAAGCGAUAGGAUACAAGAUUUUUAUUGAAUUGGAAAAGGGAAAAUUUGCAUUAACGGAUGUAUAUCUUCACCACUUUUCCAUUGUUGGUAAAAAAGAAAUAUUAAUGCUUACCAAUCAAAGAUUAUUGUAUAGUUACCGUAACGAUUUGUUUGGAACUUGGCAAACAAAUUGGUCUUAUACAUGGGAUGAAAUCAGUAUGCCACCAAAGGUAGUACCAAAAGGUGUUUUGGUGAUGUCGGCAGAUCAAAAGAAGAAAAAGGCUCUAUAUGGUGGUGCAGAUUACGGUAGAACAAUAAUAAUUCGUGAUCCUAACUUUGCGGAGAAAAUCUGUUUAACAAUAAUUGAAGUGUACAACACACAUUGUUCCUAAAAGUAAUUAGUGUGAAUCAUAUUUUCUAAACAUAUCUGAUUUUAUACUUACCACGGUUUUUGUCGAAACUAAAACUUAUUUUAUUUUAAUAAACAUUUAAUAUCCAAAAAUUAUUGUUGGC